AUGGCCGUACUCGCGAUCGCGCGCGGCCUGCUGCUCUACAUCGACAUAGCUCUUGAGCAUACAUGUGCAACCACUGAUAUUUGGCAGGCUCUGCGAAAAUAUAUGCUACAACAUAUUAUCCAACCCUUGCAAAUCACCCUCUACGUCGCUUUGUAUUUUGUGAACCCAUCAUUCAAUGUAUCCACUCUUAAGGUUCGUGAUCCGCGCAUUGCCCCGUUUCAGUCGAGCCGCAUGAAGGUGGUGUGCGGCAAUUUCAGCGACUCCUGGCGCGCAGCUCGCACCGGCAGAGUCAAGAUCAGAUUGGGAUCCGAGAAAGGGUUCACAUCUUGGAGCCAGCUGUUGGCGCUGAUGUGUCUUUCUGAGGACUAUCUCCCUCUCGACUGCUUACGUGUAAGGAAGUGGCAUGGAGUUCAAGUACCCAGGUUCUUUGCGGUACAAUACGCGUCCGAGCAGACUGGUGUGGACUACUCUUACCUGGCUGUUAGGUUCCACAAGGGCGGGAAGGACUCGCAAGAUGAUGCCUCCAAGGCCGGCGCCAGGGCCAAGCAGGCCACUAUUCGGCGCGACCAUCGUUCACGACGCCGUGCAGGGGAGGCUGUGUCACUAACUCCCACAAUCUCUCAACUCGGUGUCUUUGAAGGUUCUGAUGGUCCUGGAGAAGCUGGGAGUCAAGAUCGACUACAGCCAAAUGAGCUCCUAGAUGGGGAUGGAAUGACCAAGGAAGCGGAUGACAGGGGACAGUUCUCUGAAUCUGAUGUUGACGUCGAGGACUAUUUCAACUUGCUGCUUUCACCUGCUCGACCACGGAAGUACCUCGAACACCUAGGGGUAGAGUCUGAUUCCGAUCUAGGGGACGAAGACGGGAACGAUAAUAGCAAUGCCUUGGACGAAAGCCCUCUUCGCCAUUGCUCGCGGCAGCCUUCCACAAAGUCAGGGCCUCGUCGCCGUGCUCGCCGUGGUCCUGCCCCUGGUACAGGAGGGCGGCCAAAAAAAUCUCAAAGGCAAACUCGAUCGUCGGGGCCGCCACGACGGUACCGGAGUCCAGUGAUGAUUCCACCUGAAGAAUCGGCCGUAUUUCACGCACAAGAUCCGGUGUGGAAUGGGGACCUGGACGCUUGCGCCUUGACUUGUCGUGAUAAAGCAAUCCUCCGUGAGUUCUGGACAAAGCUGGACAAUGACCAAAUGCAAUUUUGUGGUCGAUGUCAAGAGCGUUGGUUCCAGAUGAAGAUCGAUUCUGAUGGCAUUUGUGCGCGUUGCUGUCGAAAGGAUGAUAAACGCGGCCCUGAAGAGCCGUACUUCUUCUCUGUGGACAACCAGUUGGAUUUUGGCUCCGUACCGACUCAAUUGCCUCAGCUUACACCUACUGAAGAGUCUUUAAUAGGCCGUGUUCACGUCCACGUGAAUAUUAUGCUUGUGCGGGGCCAGCAGUACAAAUAUCGGGGACAUGUUGUUCACUUUCUCCGCGAGGUUGGCUUGGUGUACAACCAACUCCCGCUUUUGCCGCGGGAGUUGAACACUGUAUUACUCCGUCCUUCCAAUACGUCGUCCCAUGCAAACCUUAGCCGGCAAUUCACCCGCCAGUUCCGUGUACGCCGCCAGCCAGUUGCCAUAUGGCUUAACUACCUCCGGCGCCAUCAUCCUGGCUAUCGAUGCAUCGUCAUCGACGAAGAGCGGCUGAGUCAAUUGCCUCAAGAUGGCAAUGUCCUGGACGACAUCCCCCAGAGCCAGGUGGAGGCUGCCGAGGUUGGACCCGAGGAAGAUGAGGAGGCAGAACCGGACCUGGAGGACGAGGCUGCGGUGCCGGACCUUUUGGCCAAGGACACGGAGCUCGAUGCUCUGCGGUCUAUUCUUGCCGGAGAACCAGAAGCUGAACCAAGGCUUUCCACAAGCUUCCAGGAGCAGGUGCAGCACGAGCUGCAGCUUCCGAAUAUACGGCGCACACCCAUUAAUGAGUUCAAUCGCUCUCAUGCCCUACUCUCCUCUCGCCCUCAAGCAUGUGCUCCUGACGGGAGAGCCGACUUUGUUGAGCCUCGGCUACGGUCAAUUGACUACAAGGACUACAUCGAGCACGCGAUGCGCUGGCAUGACGGGCGUUUUGCACGCCACCCGACCUUCCGCUUCGUCGCCUUCAAUACUCUGAUGCGGUCACAGGCCCGUGCACGGUCCAAAUACUUCGUGAAGCAACACGAUGGUAGUCAUGAACCGCUCACACGGGAGCAGCUUGUUCAGGCACUGGAGCACAGCGAGGACCCUGAGGUGCAGGUGCUAAUCAACUCAAUCACAAGACAUGCGGUACCUAUUCGCGGCACGCGCCCCUUCUGGAACAGGAAGAGGCAGGACCUCGAGGCCUAUGCCUACAAUCUUGGAUGUCCUGGUGCAUUCAUCACAUUCAGCCCGGCAGAUUUACACUGGCGGAGUCUCUACCAGCACAUGCCCCGAUACGAUGAAUGGCUGGCUGCGUCCGAGUCCGAGAGGAUGGGUCUCUCGCGCCAACCUUUGCGUCAGAAUCCUCAUAUUGCUGCUUUCCAUUUCUACCGCCGAUACUGCUUCUUUCGAGAUAUCGUGUUAAGCAAGAAGUUCAACAUUACGGAUUACUGGGAUCGGUAUGAAUGGCAAGGGCGUGGCAGUCCGCACAACCAUGGCCUGUACUGGAUGGAGAAUUGCCCUAGAGUCGACAUGGUGGAUGAAGCCGCUCGUGAUGUUUUUGCACGCACGUGGGGAUUCCACAUCACUGCCAUUAAUCCUAAGCCGAGUAGGACUAUGCCCCAGGGUGAGGGCAACCCCCUGAGCGUAGAUCCACUGAGCACUGAAAUGACAUUCCUGCGGCUCUCACAAAUCGUCAACCGCUGCCAGCGUCACAAGUGUAACACCACGUACUGCUUACGUGUAAGGAAGAUAACCGGUGAUCUGGCGAGGGAUAUGGAAGGCGCUGCUGCAGAUAUUGAGGCGGCCAAUGCGGCCAAUCCAGAGUGGAAGUGUCGUUUUGACUUUCCCCGUGCCUUGCGGGAGCUGGCCGCAGUGAUCGGGAAGGAAGGCAAGUCGUACUAUGUCUUCGAGGCGGCGCGGAAUGACAAUCUCAUGAAUCACUUCAAUCCCGCCAUUAUACUAGGCUGGCUAGCCAAUAUCGACAUAUCUCCUUUCACCAGCUUACAGGCGGUUAUUACGUACGCUGCCAAGUAUUGCAGCAAAUCUGAGAAGAAGACUGAGCCUUACUGUAAGCUUGCAGACCAGAUUUUGCCGCACACAGCACACCUUCAGCCGCUAUUGUCCUUCUCCUCUCGCCUGAUGAAUAAGCUGAUUGCCGAGAGAGAUUACUCGGCGCAGGAGAUUUCCCAUCUUCUCCUUAACAUUCCUCUGCAGGAAGGCACGCGGAUGGUGGUCUCUGUCGACUGCCGUCCUUUGGAGCAACAUGCACGUUCGUAUCGCGUGGAUGAAGAUGUCAAUGAGACCGUCGGCAGCUACAGGAGGUAUCUUCUCGAGAGAAAUGACCAGCACGAGGAUGCAACCUACCUCGAGGAACUGCAAUCGUAUAAUCUCAAGACGUGGAGGAGACUCGCUGCCAACGCGAAGAAGAGAGUCCUGUCUUACUUUCCUCGAUACAGGUCCGUGGAGGCAUCUCCCCAGUUUGGUGACUUCUGCCGUGUUAAAUUGAUGAUGGCUCAUCCGCAUCGCUCUCCAGAGGAGUUGCUCACCGUGGGCGGGCAGCGGUUCGAUUCCUUCGCGGCUGCGUACAGGUUUUGCAGAGAGCAGCACGGUGACACCCAUGCGGACGAUCAUUAUGGGGAGCCAGAUACAAAUGAAUUGAGGGCUGAGGAUGACGAAUUUGAGCUUGAGGUCCAUGAAGAGCCCAUUGUGGAUGAAGACUGGCAUGAACUCGCCCGCAUGCUUCCCGACCGCCCGCUGGAAGAAGAGGAUAUCGACAUCCUCGGCCGCCGAGACAUCGACAUCAAUUAUGAUUGGACCCCUCACGUUGGACGGUAUACUGAUGACGGUAUUCUCAAGGGCGACUACUGGAAGCAACGCAAGGCGGCAAACCGCCUUGACCUUGAUGUGGAUCAUCAGCCCUUGGAAGCUCGAGAUUCCCUAAAUCGGGAUCAGCGCUUAGUAUACGAUACCGUGAUGGACCGCUUCCUGAAUCAGGAACCCUCUCAGUUGCUGCUCCAUGUGGAUGGUGGAGGUGGUACCGGGAAGUCAUACCUCAUUAAUUUGCUCUCCGCGCACCUCCAAGCCGCUGCUGCCGGGAGAGGGACACCUGUUUGGCGUGCCGCGCCCACUGGCGUCGCGGGAAAUCAGAUAUCGGGGACUACUUUGCACUCCCUGUUACACCUUCCAAUCAACAAGGACUUCAAGCCCCUCUCGCCCACUGACAUGGCCCAUCUCCAGAAGAAGCUGAAGGACAUCAACUACCUGAUCAUCGAUGAGAAGAGCAUGCUGGGACUGCGACAGCUAUCCUGGAUCGAUGACCGUCUCCGCGAGGCAUUCCCGAAUAGUAAUGAGGAGUUCUUCGGUAGCUGA